GUUGAGGUUUUUGCACAGCGACUUAUGAUCUAUUGUACCCUCUCCUAUAUCACAUAUGGACAUAAAGGUCCAGCACUCUGAAAAAUCUCAGGAGCUUGCUGUGAGCAAUGGAUGUAAUAUGGUCCUUGUCCACAUAGAUGGAUCAUAGAAAACGAUUCAGUACGUAAUAUUAGAAGUGCGGGGGUGUGUGCAUAUAUACCAUGCGAGUUUUUUAUGGCGUGCAGGUAUACAACAUCUCUGUUUUUAUUUAGCCUGCCUUACUGUAUAUUUCUUGAAAUCUUGGCAACACUAAUUCAUUUUGUGUAGCUGUCAAAUUUUAAAUUUUUUCCCGCGGCGUAUUCGUGCCAUAAUAAUUUAAUACAAAUGGAAAUGUGGACAUGUCCAAUGUCGGCACAGUAUCAAUUGAAAAGGAGAAAGAUUCUUCUCAAAUAUCGCAAUCAUUUCGAGACCAAAAACUAAUUGAAAGAUUUGUUCGACACAGCCAACUGCUCAAAAUUAUUGAAGGGGCAACAGAACUAUUUAUAMAAAGAUGUAAUAGCAAGAAGCCGGAAGACGCAUUAGGUGCUCUAUUUGUACCUCUUCAUUUUGAGUACACCCAUUUUAUACACAAUAAUGCUAAUGAAUUGUUGCACCAGCUAAUCGAAGAACCAUUACAAUUUUUGAACGCUGCCAAAUACUGCGUUUAUGGGAUUGUUCGUGAUCAAAUUAAAUUAUCUGGAAACACAGUAGAGAAUAACGCACUUAAGUCUAUUGACAUUGACCAGCUUCACAUUCAACUGAGAUUCAUCGGAUUACCACUCCAAGAAGAUUUGCACUUUGCACAGUACAAAAACUGUUGGCCGUCAGGGCUCUCAUGGACAACUGGAAUUUUGUCGGCAAUAUCGGAACCUCAGUGGGCAAUUUUACAGUCGACGUGGUUUUGUUCAACCGGCUGCAAUCGUAAUAAAAUUAAAUCAGACUCUAUAGAUGCACCGAUAUGCAAUAGCUGUGGUCAGCAUAUGAAUGAAUAUUCAAAAUUGCGUGUGACUGAGAAAUAUCAUUUUCUGCGCUUACUUCCCACCUGUUGUAUUGAAACCCCCAGAGUUGUGAAUAAAAUUUUCCGUGCACUAACUGUGCAUUGCAAAGAACACGUCCACGAUUGCGAACUGCGUCUUGGAACUAGCUACUUCGUAAUUGGUUACUACGAUUACACGCGUGUUGGUCAAAUUUUUCAAGCAUGGAGCAUAACCAUACGUUAGAAAGUACUUUUGCAAUGAGCCUGAGG